GGUCCGGAGGGUGGAGGGAGAGUCACCUGUGGACCUGCUGCGACACUGUGCUCCUCAGCCUCUAAUCUGCUGCCUCCCACUGGGACCUCCGCCCUCCCGCUUCACCGCCACCAGCACCAUGGAUAGCUCCGGGAUGCUCCGCGGACUGCUGCUCGUCGGCCUGCUGUCCGUCCUGUGCCACGGCCAGGCAUCACGGGAAGUCUCCGCAGAAGACUUUGGAGAGAAGAAACAAGAAGCAGCUGUAGACAGAGACCUGCUAGAGGCACUGGACGUGCUCCUGGGCAGAAACCAUAAUCAAGUCUCCCCUGAGAAAAGAGGAAGCAUCCCACUGUGCGGGUUGGGGAACCGGUGUGCCAUGAAGUACGGGCCUCGCAUCGGGAAGCUCUGCGACUGUGGAAGAGGAGCCAACUGCAACUCCUACCUCCUCAAGUGCAUCUAAACCGCCCAGGGCUCUCCUUUAGUUUGUCACCUCUGCAGGGCCAAACACAUCCUUCAGCACAGCUCCCAUAAACCAACCCUUUCAUUUAUAGUCAUAGCUGUUGUUAAACAGUUGUCGCCUGAGGAUAAGCAUGGAUUUUGUACUGCUGACAGUACUGAAUAUGUUGUGUUUAAUGUAAAUGUUUCAUCUUCAAUAAACACGUCAACA